CGACGACGCGUGAGAUGAAGAUUAUUAUUUAGUAUAUGUACAACAAAUUUGAGCGCCAGAAAAUACAAGCAUCGCUAAUACAUCGCUUCUACCAUCCAUUAUGAGAUCGCGGUCCUAGAAGACCGUCAGAGGGUUCCACCCCACAGCAAGCACCCUGGUGGCUGUGUAGAAAGCCAACGCAACAGCAUACGAGAUGCUCGAAAACAAAAUGACGGCCGUCCAACCCGACCCAGAUAACAAGGCGCCUCCAAUUGGGACACUGCUCAGCGUACCAAAGCUGGCCACCAUCAUCGCCGUUGAAAACAGUCGCCCAAACUUUCGGUGAUCGCAGAGCUGACCCAAGCACACCGGCACCAAGCCAAUGUUGCUGCCACUGCCAAACCCAAACAGCACCGCGUAUGCAAUCAACAUCGAAUUCGAGUGGCCAGCCGGCAACCACAGCGCCAGUCCCGUGAUCAAGCAAAUGGCGAUAGUGAUGAUAAUAACGUUGAACCGCCCAAUCUUAUCCGCCAGAAUUCCCGGCAACACACGUCCCAACACGGACCCGGCGUUCAGGUAUGACAACAGCAGAUAACUUUCCGUCGCAUCCUGCCCGUGGUCAACCGCGUACGACACAAUAUAAGUCAACGGAACGAACAGGCCCCACUCCAUGAAGAACACCCCGAGAGCAGCGCAUGCGAACCGGGCAUCUUUGAACACGGAAAAGUCGGGCCAGACCGACUGCACCUUUUCGCCCUUCGCGGGGGGCAGUCUGGUCUUGAUGAACAGAUUGGCUGGGAUGGCGAGGCCGAGCAUGAUCAGGGCGAGCACUCGGCUGCUCCAGUUGAACCCGAUGGUCGGCAACAGCUCUCUCAGCACAAUGGGGAAGAUGACACCGCCGAUGCCGCCCGCUGUACUCGCAAUGCCUGUCGCAAAACCUCGACGGACGUUGAAGAAGUGGGCGAUGGAGCCAUAGGCGGGACAGUUGAGGAGAGCACCGCCCAAGCCACCCAUGACGGAAUAGGUGAGGAUGAUCUGAUAAUACUCUGCAGGGUGAUGGUCAACCUCCGCCGUCUAUCAUUUCAGAGAAGAAGGGGCACUCACCAGUACACCAGCUCAGCAACAACAAACUGAGCGUGAUCAGCAAACAUCCCACAGCAACAAUCAGCCUCGCGCCAUAUCGAUCAAAAAUAGGCCCAACUUGGACCCCCACGAAAAACACAAUAAACAGGUACAAGCUAAAGAUCCAGCCAAUCUCGCUCGGCGAGUUGUCCUUCAACUGGUGCGUCGAAAAGUACGAUUCAAACACAGCGGCCGAAUUGAUCAAUCCGUACAGCGACAACAUGGCACAAAACGACCCAAACACCACCAACCACCCCGUCACGCCUCCCUCGGGAAAGUCAAUCGUGGUCGCCGCCGAUGGUGAGCGUUCCAGCUCGAGCUCGGGAUCCUUCUCCGUGGUUGGGCCAUAGUGGUUGGCAUCCGGUAUGGUACGUCGCGACGCCACUCUGACUGGCUCUACCUCAGGUUCGGUAUCAGACGAGGAGGCGGAAUCAGUUGGCGAUGUCUUUUCACCAUCAGCUAUUGGAACAUCCAAUGUCGAGUCUGAUGAUGAGUUGUUGGAACGGUGGUAUGGUGGUGAUGACGACGAAGAAUUGGUGACGCCAUAGGGAGCGCUUACACCAGCAUCCCCUGUUGUGGUGGUGACAUGACUCUCUCGCGGCGGCGGCAUUUGCGUCUCUUUAUGAACUUUGAACCCCGGAAUGCGGGAACGACGCCCUCUCAACACCUCUCCCGACCAAGCCGGAAAGUGGGUAUUUUCUUUUCCUGUUGCGGGAUGAGAGAGGGCGGGGAGCGAAUUUCGGCUGUUUCCGGUCUGGAUGAGUGAGGAUCGGUACCGAUGCGGAUGUGGGGCCGGUGUUUAGAUGUUGCUGAUCUUUUGGUUCUACAGACAACAGCUUUUAUUUCUUUCUUCAGAUGGUGAAGAAGGAAAAGCGGAAGAGCAGAAAAGAAGGGGACCAGUCACACUGAUGAAGAGGGCAUGUAUCGGGAAAGGGGGGGGGGCCGUGGCCGACAGCUAAAAAAGAAAAUUCGCCCGCGUGGGUCCGGUCCAAGGAGUGCUUUCCCCACAGUUUGACUUCUAGAUUGGAUUAUUCCCGGCCGGCAUCCUUCCAAACGGCUUCGGCAUUGCCUCCAAGGGCAGGUUGGGGCGGGAAAAAGCUGACAUAAUUGGCGGUGAAUUGGUCAUGGAAAUGGUUUUUUCCUUUGCCCGCUUCUGCGUGGGUGGGUAUGGAUGUGUGCCUGAGAUGCAUGCUAUGACCAACGUCCGAGCGGCCACCGGCAACGCCUCCCGUGAGGCGCUACUAUCGGGAGACGGAGGGUGGGACGGGAGGGCCCGAUCUUUCGGGGGGAGUUCCCCGUUUUUGUUUUUUUUGUUCGGCAAGCUACCAGUUCUCGCAGUGAUUUGCGGUCAAGCAAACGACGGUUGGGGAUUCUGGAAUCGUCGAGACGUCGAAGGGGGAAGGAAAAAAGCCAAGAGAUUUGUGGAUGGGUCUCGGGAUGCGGGCGGCUGGCGGUUGGCUGCAUUGGCUGGCUGCCGUCAUCCCUGUCAUUUCUUUUGACAUCCGCUUCCUCGAGUGUGGGCGUCGGAACCGAACAUCGCGAUGAUGCACUCGAGAUUUAGAUUGAUGUUACACAACGUGAGAUAUCGGAUGGGGGAAUGGAUGUCUUAAAGGAUAUUUGUUCGUCCAUUGAGACUGGAACCCGUUGUUUGAGCCCCCGCGGACGUGUACUUUGGGGCAAUUGACUGGAUUGGACGGCUCGGAUACCAGCUACCGAAGGCCUGAAAGGGACUGUGGUUGGCAAACAUUAACCCGAUCGCUGAUUGGCCAGCUCGUCAAGAUUUCAAACAACCUCAGGACUGGGCAAGGCUGAUAUCUGGUUGUCUCGCAGAUGUGUUGGCGGCGCAAGUGUGGCCCACAAGAAACUCGCUGGCGAUUGAUCGACUCGCCAAAAUCACAUCCUACGAGGCUGGGGUUGAUGAUGAGGCCUUUGAACACGAAGGUGUUGGUUGUUCGUGAUGGGCAGGUUUGAUUUAGGGGGCAGUGGCUGAGACUUUUUUUUUCUUUCUGGAAGCUUUUGAUCAUAUCUGACAGAAGUUCUAUAGGUCUGUGCAGAUUGAUCUCAAAGAGUCUAUAAGAAGAGACCGUAGGACCAAUUUUUCGGUUGGAAUCUUCUUCUCAGCCAAGCAUCACAUAGUCGUGGUCCCACUCCUAUUGUUGCCUGUUCCAGCGCUGCCAAGCCUCCAAGCCUACCAGUUUCGUCUCAGUCCAACUUUGAGAGACUUGAGGUCCCAGCUCGACGGUCUCCAGGCCGAACUUAUCUCCUAUUUUAUGACCUACCUGUCUUUUUUUUCAAAAUGCGUCUCCCUCUAUUGCUCCCCCUCGCCCUCUCACUUGGCGCCUCCGCCCAAAACUUCGUCAACCCAUCCCAAGACACUACCCUCCUCUUCUCCUCCAACUUCCCCGGCGCCUCCAUCACCUACAAAGAAACCACCGCCCUUCUCUGCGAAACCACCCCGGGAGUCAAAUCAUGGUCCGGCUACGUCCACCUCCCCUCCACCCUCCUCGCCGAUGUUCCCUCCUCCCUCAACAUGAGCAUCUUCUUCUGGUACUUCCAGGCCCGCAAAAACCCUGAAGAAGCUCCCACAUCUAUCUACAUCAGCGGCGGUCCCGGAGCCUCGGCCUUUGACGAGACAAACGGGUUUCCUUGCACUUUCAAUCCAGACGGUAAUUCAACCAGAUUGAACAACCAGAGUUGGAACGAAGAGGUCAAUAUGUUGUAUAUCGACCAGCCUGUCGGGGCAGGGUUCAGCUACUCUAAGAUCGUCAACGGGGUGGUGGACUUGAUGGACAGCCUGUCUGAAGAUGGCUCAUUCUUCACUCCUGGAACGGUCGAAGAACUCCAACAAGACAGUCUCAACUUGACUGUAACCCCUGCUACCAUCCAGUCCCUCGACCCCCGAGAUGGGAUCAACACCACGCAACAGGCAGCGAGGGUGAUGUGGCAGUUUACCCAGGUCUGGUUUCGGGAGUUUCCGGGCUAUGAUACCUCCAAUAAGGAAAUUAGUCUUUGGACUGUUUCGUACGGCGGCUUCUACGGCCCGUCCUUCAUGGCCCACUUCCACAGGCAAUCCUCCCUCCCAAAUUCAUUCCCCCUCCAGCUCUCCACCCUAGGCAUCCAAAACGGCUGCUUGGACGUUCUUACAAUGGGCCUGUCAUACCUCGACUUUUCACUCAACAACACUUACGAUAUUCAAGCAUAUCCUGAAGAGGUGUACUCCUCCGCCAAGACCAAUCUCACUGAGUACUGCCAACCCCUCCUCCUAUCCUGCCGGCAAUCAGUCGAAGAAGGCGACCCGUUGGGGUAUGGAAGCAAUAGCACUGUCAACCAGGCGUGUGCCCUAGCAGCGGGUGUCUGUUUUGGGUUUGUGCAGGGGGCGUUUACGAGCUACUCCGACCUCAACCCGUUUGAUAUCACGCUGUCGCAUCCGGAGACGUACCCCCCGUUGCACUCGGUCGGGUACCUUAAUCAACCCUGGGUUCAAGCCGCGUUGGGAGUUGCGGUGAAUUUCACUGCUGUGUCGAGGUCCACGGGGGGUGUCUUUUUCGCCUUGACCGGCGACCCGAUGAGGCAUGAUCUUUCAGAUUUGAGGUACGUUUUGGAGAAUAAUAUCAAGGUCGCGAUGGUGUAUGGGGAUUUGGACUAUAGGUGUAACUGGUUUGGGGGGGAGGAGAUCUCCCUUGCUGUUGGGGGGGAAGAGUUCAGAGAGGCGGGGUAUGCGGAUGUUGAUGUUGGGGGGGUGGUUGGGGGGUUGGUGAGGGAGGUGGCGGGGUUGAGUUUUGUGAGGGUUUUCGAUGCGGGGCAUAGUGUUUAUGGGUAUCAGCCGGGGGUUGUGAAGGAGGUAUUUAAGAGGGUGAUGGACGGGAGGGAUGUUGCCAGUGGGAAGGUGGUUGCCGACGGGCGGUAUCGGAGUCAGGGGCCGGUGGAUGUGAGGGGGGUGAAGGUUACUGCUACAAAAGGGAGGGAUGCGGGGUGUUUUCUUGCGGAUGUGGGCAGGACUUGUGAUCAGGGACAGGUGGAGGCGUUGAGGGAGGGGGGGAGGGUGAGGGUUGAGGGGGGGAGGGUGGUUGAGCCUGGAAGAGAAAGGGAGACGAGUGUGGAUGGGGAUGGGAAGGGCGGGGAGGAAAUGGAGCAGGUUAAGAGUGGUGGCACUGUGAGGGAGACGGCCGCGAUGGCUGCGAGUCUGGGUGCGUUGGCUGGCUGCUCAAGGUGUCAUUGGCUACAUCCUUUUGGAUGGUUCUUCUGCUGUUGGGAAUCGAUAACUAUUCUUCAACUUUCAGUAACCCUACGAUCAUCUAGAAAAAGGUUCACGCCUAAAAGAAUGGUCCCGCAAAGGAGCACGAGAUCGAAACGUGGAUGCAUUACCUGCAGAAUCCGCCGCGUCAAAUGCGAUGAAACAAAACCCCAAUGCAGCCGCUGCAUCAAAGCCGGCCGCACCUGCGAUGGAUACGCAGCCACAUCAUCACAGCUAAGCGGCCGGGACAUGGCAACCGCAGUCAAAACCCUCCAAGUCGUCGGGCCAGCGGCCAGAGUCCUGGGGGAAGCCGUCCUGACCGAAGACUCUGCCUGCUUUGACUUCUUCCGGAUGUGCACAGUCGCCAUGACCAGCACCGCCUUUCCCGCCCCGUUCUGGUCCCGCCAUGUCCUCCAAGUGGCACAUUUCGAGCCGGCGGUGUGGAAGGCCGCAGUGGCAGUCGGGGCACUGCAUCGGAGGUGGGAGUCGAGAAGCAAGAUUCGGCUUCGGCCUAAGCCUAUCAAUUCAGGCGCGGCAGGAGGGAAAACAGAGGAGUUUACCAAACAGGCCAUGCAGCAGUAUUGGGGUGCUAUCAGUAUGGCGCGCACCAUCCAGGAUCCAGGGGUGCUCAUGGUUAUGAGCGUUAUUCUCGCCGCGGCGGCGAAUAUGGCUGGUGAAUGGGCAGCAAGUCAUGUUCACAUCCAAUCCGGGCUCAAACUCGUCGCUUCUCAGUCACCCCACAACAACAUGUCCGGCGAGAUAGCCUCGAUCGCCCAAUCCCUCUCCCGUCUCGACCUCUUAGUCAUGACAUUCGAAGACUCCCGCGCCCCCUACGCCUAUGCCGACCCCCUGACCGGCAAACUCCCCUCCUCCAUCCUCAACAUGCCCCGCGUAGGCAAGCUCGACGAUUUAAUGCAGGCAUCAAUGCAUCUCUUUGGCAUGUUCCGGUACUUUCUCAGCGUCGAGGGUGGGUACAUCUUGGGUUUCGUCACCGAGGAAGAUGAUCUCCCCCAUUUGCAAGCCCGAAUCGCCGAAGACGUCAUCCGUUGGAAAAUCGAGUUUGAGAUCCUGGCCAACAGAAUCUCUUCUUCGGCGUCCCAAGCAGAGCGAACCACACUGCUGUCCUUAGAACUCUACCACUCCGUCUUGUCUCUCAUGUCUCGCGCGGGAAUCGCCGGCCCGGCAGUCAGAUGGGACGCCUACACUGACGAGUUCGCCCGCGUCAUUUUCCUCUGUGAAACCAUCAACAAGAACAUCUUCUCCCCGUUGCCGUUCUUCAUGUCCCUCGAGCCAGGCCUGGUUAUGCCGUUGUUUUUGACCAUAACCCGGUGUCGCCAUCCCAUCGUCCGACGCAGGGGGCUGAGGUUGUUAAAGUCGUUGAACCGACAAGAGGGAAUGUGGAACAGCCCUGCCGCCUGUGUGGUUGCUGAACAAAAGGUUCUGGCCGAGGAAGAGCAUCUCGAGUUUCCACUGCCGUUGUAUAUCGAGAACUUGGAUAACAUGCCGAUGGACGGGCCCACCGGGGAAGGAUGGGAGAGGAGCAUGGCGCCGGAGGAGUUGAGGGUGACGAGGGAUCAGCUGGAGGUUGAUGUGGAGAGUGGGAGGAUCGAACUGAGGCUGUAUACGGGGCAGGGAGAGGAGGAAAGGGAGGUUAAAAGGGUGAGUUUGGGGUACUAGGUACAGG